UGCUCAUCUGUUUUCUUCUUGAUUCAUCAGAUCAUGGUGUAAUCAAGAUCGAUCAUGGCUGUGACCAUCAAGAAAGCGGCCCUCGUCGUUGCUGGCCUCGGUGUCUUAUCUUUCAUCUUCGGAGUCAUUGCCGAGAACAAGAAGCAGGAGACCGGAACCCCAAUUCCCGGAAAAGACGUGGUUGUAUACAAGUAUCCGUCGGAUCCCUCCGUACGUGGCUCUCGGUUACAUGUCGGUUUCGUUUCUCGUACUUCUCUUGCCGGCUAUUUGUCACUGUUUUACCUUUAUGAAGGAAAAACUGUUCUCUUCCAGAGAACUGCUUUCUUCGUCUUUUUAAGCAUUGCCUUGUUUACAGGAGGAGGCCUAGCGGCGAGUCUGCUGUUGUGGCGGACGAUCACAGAGCAUGUUCACUUGAGUCUCAAUGUUCAUGAAAAUCUGAGCACACAAUGCCCCACUGCUAAGAUUGGACUCCUAGGUUGUGGUGCGUUUGUGUCCCUUGAUACAGCCCUCUUCUGGUUAGUUGCCCUUAUGUUGGCUGAUAAUGCCUUUCAAUCACUUUGAUGA